AAAAAGCGACAAACAAAAAAAUAAUCCAAAAAUCGACGUCCCUUCGUUCUCACCCAAAAACCCUCAACGCAUCGUGAUAAUAAUAGCCAAAAGAAAGAAAGAGAAAAAGCUGUGUCUGUCUCUCUGAGGAAAGAAGAAAAAGCUCUCUGUUGGGUUUGGUUUCUCUCUAUCUCCGUAGAAAUGGAAGCUCCUGACACGGCUUGCCUUGUGGACGACUUUCUGGACUUCGCGUCCGACAUAGGCGAGGAAGACGACGAAGAAGAAAAACCCAGAAGGCUUCUUGCUUCGCUUGACCCAAAUGGCCCUGAACCGGCGCCGUUCGACGUUUUACGCCCAGACGAUUCCAGCCGUCUGUUCCCUGAGAUAGCAGAGGAAGAACUAGAAUGGAUAUCGAACAAAGAUUCGUUCCCCGAAGUGGAAACAUUCGUCGACAUCCUCUCGGGGCACCCGGGAAGCCUAUCCAAGCACCACAGCCCCGUGUCGGUGCUUGAGAGCAGCACCACCAGCACCCACAGUAACAACAGCAACAGUAACAGCACGACUCUUAUGAGCUGCUGCGGCAGCCUCAAGGUGCCCGUGCGUGCGCGCAGCAAGCGACGUCGGACGCGCCGCCGCGACAUGCCGUGCCAGCUGCAGCACUGGUGGACCCGCCAGCAACCCAGCAGGAAGCCCAAACCGGUGUCCGCCACCACGAUUGGGAGGAAGUGUCAGCAUUGUGGGGCGGAAAAGACCCCACAAUGGCGGGCGGGGCCGGCCGGGCCCAAAACGCUCUGCAAUGCUUGCGGAGUGCGGUACAAGUCCGGCCGGCUCGUGCCCGAGUACCGCCCGGCCAGCAGCCCAACGUACUCAGCAGAGGAGCAUUCGAAUUCGCACAGGAAGAUACUGGAGAUGAGGAAGCACAAGUAUACGGGGAUGGGGAUGGGAAUUGGAAUGGUAGUGAAGCCUGUGGAUAAAGGGUAGGGUAGGAUAGGAAAGUGGUGAGUUUGCUAGUACUUUAAUCUUAUAUUUGUCACAUUUUUAGCAUAGGUAGGAGUUAGGGGUUUGUUGUAAUGCGGGGGUUAGAUAGUUAGUGAAAGUUCUUUUUGUGUUGGGGGAAUUUUUGGUCUUUAGUGUGUUUGGUUAUGCUAUAGACUAGAAACACAAGAUAGUGUUCUUUGGCUUUUGCCCAAUUUAAUUCUUUUUUGCUCUA